AUGAGUUCAAUCGCUCAAAAAGGUUUGCUGGCCUUGUCGAUAGUGUUCAUUUUGGCUGGUUUGGGUCUAACAAUCGCCGGUCUUUUCUCUCCAGCAUGGCAAGUGGUCGAUAUUCGAGAAUUUCGAGCAGAACACCAGCACGGAUUGUGGUGGGAUUGCAUUCGAGCAGAGAAACACGUGGUGGCCGUCGGUGACUUUUACGAUGAGACUCCACUUCAUUGCAUGUACAAGUUCGACAACUCUGCCGAAAUGGUCAUAGAGAACACACUGAACAACAUCGACGAGGAUGGAGCUGCCGGAGAAAGCGAGCAUCACCGAUUCUGGGCAUGGCACAAAGCGAUAUUGUUCUUCAUUAUUACCUCGCAGUUGUUAGCAUUCCUCUCAAUUUGCACAGGAGUGUGCGCCACCUGCUUUCCUCCAACAGCUUUUGCAUUCGUCAUCUCCCUCUUCAUCGCCUUAAUAUGCUCGUUGAUCGCUGAUGGGGUCUUCUUUCUGGCAGCGAAUCGUGUCGAUAAUCGAUUUGUUCAAGGAAUGGUCGGCACCUAUGAGCAACAAAUUGGCUAUGCAUUCUACCUGCACGUUAUGGGCACACUCUGCUGGGCCAUAGCGUUUAUCUGUGCUAUCACCACUACCUACAAGUUCAUGAAUACUCGGGAUUCACGUGGCAGCAAGGAAAACCUAUUCACAUGGCAAUCGCAACGAGGCGCCACGCACAAUGUGUAA